AUGGCUGACAUACCUUCUCCACACCAAGAUUUCCCUCCUUCAGAAGAGCUAUCUCUUGAUAGGUUUUUGAUUGAGAAAAAAAUUGGGAAAGGACAGUUUAGUGAGGUUUUUCGUGCAAAAUGCAUCUGGGAUGGACAAAUGGUAGCUUUGAAGAAAAUCCAGGUCUUCGAAAUGGUUGAUCAGAAAGCCCGCCAAGAUUGUCUGAAAGAAAUUGAUUUACUAAAACAGCUCAAUCAUAUCAAUGUUAUAAAAUAUCAUGCUUCGUUUAUUGAUAAUAAUCAACUUAAUAUCGUAUUGGAACUAGCUGAAGCUGGCGAUAUGAGCAGAAUGAUUAAGCAUUUCAAGAAGAAUGGUCGUCUCAUCCCCGAGAGGACCAUAUGGAAAUACUUUGUUCAGCUAGCUCGGGCUUUAGCGCACAUGCAUUCCAAACGCAUAAUGCAUCGAGAUAUUAAACCUGCAAACGUCUUUAUCACCUCAGAUGGUGUCGUCAAACUUGGUGACUUAGGAUUGGGAAGAUUCUUUAGUAGUAAAACUACAGCAGCUCAUUCGCUGGUUGGAACACCAUACUAUAUGUCGCCUGAGCGAAUCCUGGAAUCAGGGUAUAAUUUUAAAUCUGACCUUUGGUCUACUGGUUGCCUUCUCUACGAGAUGGCAGCCUUGCAAUCUCCAUUUUAUGGAGAUAAAAUGAAUCUCUAUUCACUCUGUAAAAAGAUUGAAAAUUGUGAAUACCCUCCUCUUCCAUCAGACAUUUAUUCCACUCAGUUGAGAGACUUGGUGUCUCGAUGCAUUUUGUCGGAUCCUAAUCGAAGACCAGAAACCAACGAAGUUCUGGAGGUUGCUGAGAGAAUGAAUGCUUACUUUCAGCAGCAAGUUCCAGCUAGCAAAUGA